AGUGAGAGUGAUGGAGGAACUGAGGGAGAUGAUGAGAUCACUCCUGCAGCUUCAGGCAGCCGGUGAGCAGCAGUUUGCAUGGGUACAAGAACGGGAAUCCAUGAUGGAAGAGGAGCGGAGACUCCGUAGGCAAGACGGCAGAUUGGCUGGAGGCUCAACGGGCACUAACUCUGCCGCUGAGGCAUCAAAGAUCCUGGCGGAGAACCGGAGAUUGGUGCAAGAGCGGAAAGAGGAGCAGCUCUGGUUACAGAGGGAGGAAGAGAGGAAGGUGAGAAAGGAAGAGGAGAUGCGCUUAGCGGAGGAGGCUCGUUUGAUACGCCUGGAGGAGGAGAAGAAAAUCAAAGACGAGGAAGAGGCUUUUCUAGCCGAGGAGGAGCGGGUGAAAAGGGCCGAAAAGAUCCGUCAUGAGAGAGAGCGCGCGUCGGGCAGCAGAACCAGCAGGAGCGCCUGGAGAAGAAGAAGAAUCGGAUCGCCAAAAGGAAGAAAGGGAAGCUUCCUUCUGACUUCACGCCCCCCCCCUGAGGAAACCAUGCUGCACAAGGGGAAGCAGAAACCGUGCAGGGAAGCCAAGGUUUUUAAGACACUGCUUCCGGGGGAGAGGGGUGAGGAAAAGUAACGGAGGUGAUCUCUGGGGCCAUAGAUCUCGGCCUCCGUUACGGAUUGUGUAGCUUUUGUUUGGUGGCGAAAUGUAUGUAGUGUGUGCAUCUGUAUGUGUUUUUAGUUUGUCUGUCUCUGUUUGCUGGUUUUAUGUUAAAGUGUUCCCCUUCCCCCAUGUCUGUGGCUGUUUAUUGUGUGCACCUGGUGCCCUGUGUUGUCUCCUCCCCCCCACCUGUGUCUAAUUGCUGAUUAGUGUGUAUUUAGGCUCUGUUGCCCUGUCUGUUUUGGGGAGUGUGUGUGUGUGUGUGUGUGUGUGUGAGAGAUCUUGUGGCUGCAAGCUGUGUUCAGGGAGAAACGGCAGGAUUGAGGCUGUGUGUCAUGUGUUCAUGAUGUAAUAAAUAACCAC